GACGUGACCGCAUUCGGCAUUUGGCGAGUGAUUUGGCUUUGGCUCGAGUCGUCUAUCCGGAACCGAAAUAUCUCGGCUCGCCGCGAACAAACGCACACGAGGAGAACAACCGCUCGCACGCAUCACCGGCUUUGAGGAGCACAGGACAACCGCACCGGCCACGCGGUGGUUUGGUCUCGCCGGCAACGCCGUGGGGUGGGAUCCGAAAGGAGAGAGGGAGGAGAGGAGGUCGGAAUGGCUGGGGAUCGGCUGAGCUGGGCGGGGCUGCUCAAAUGGAGCCUCUCCUACAUCGACGGGGCGGGGCCUUCUCGCGCCACCAGGUAAGGGAGGUUGGCUCGGUUGCCGGGGGGAAGCUGGUGUCUGUGUUGUUUCUUGGGGCUGUGGCUGAAGCGAGUGUGGUUUCCGCCAUUUCUGGUGGUGGUGCGGCGCGCAGCGACGAUGAGCGGAGGUGGCUGGCGGAGGCGGUGGAGCGGCACAUGAUGGUGGACGUGGUGAGCCGCAUGAGGGAGAUCGCGCUGCUCAUGAGCACGCCGCCCGCCGUCCUGGAGGCGCAGGGCAUCACCCACGGCGACAUCGAAGGUUUGCUGAGUGAGCUGCAGGUACAUGUUGAGUCUAUCGACAUGGCAAAUGAUUUGCAUUCUGUUGGUGGGUUGGUUCCGGUUAUCAAGUACCUCAGAAAUUCUAAUGCUCGUAUCCGAGCCAAAGCAGCUGAUGUGGUAACAACAGUUGUUCAGAACAAUCCGACUAGUCAGCAGUUGGUCAUGGAAGCUUGUGGUUUUGAACCCCUCUUAUCCAAUUUUAUAUCAGAUCCUGACCUUACCGCCCGCAUAAAAGCUCUUGGUGCACUAUCUUCCUUGAUACGGAACAACAAACCAGGAGUUGCUGCAUUUCGUUUAGCUAACGGAUAUGCAGGGCUACGAGAUGCAUUGAAUUCAGAGAGUGCAAGGUUUCAGAGGAAAGCAUUGAGUCUGACUCAUUAUCUGCUCAGUGAAAGCCAUUCAGAUUGCUCAGUUUUUGCACAGCUAGGUUUCCCACAUCUUAUGAUGCGUUUGGCAUCCAGCGAUGACUCAGGUGUUCGAGAGGCAGCAUUAGGGGGCUUGCUUGAGCUUGCAAGGGACACGACACUGAGAAAUAGGAGUCUACUAGCAGACCAUGACAGGUUGCGAUGGCUUCUCCGGGGACGUAUCGAAAGCAUAAGGACGAUGACUCCUGAAGACCUGGAUGCUGCACGAGAAGAGAGACAACUCGUUGAUUCAUUGUGGAUUGCAUGCUACCAUGAACCAUCCAUACUUCGCGACGAAGGGCUCCUUGUUCUGCCUGGGGAGGAAUCUUUCGAACAACCUCCCGAUGUGGCUGGUAGAUUCUUCGAGCCAAUGCGCCAAGCUUCUGCUAGGAGGGCACCUCCUAAUGAGAGAUCAGAUCCAGGAGAUGGAACUAUGGGAGGAAUGAUUCUGCUUUUAGGUCCAGCACCAGGCGGUGGAUCGAACUCCCAGGGUAAUUGACCAUUCUGGACUGUGGUACUACAUGAAAAGGGAGGAUGCUGUGUCCGAUGUAUAGGUUGCAGGCUGGUUCCAUCGAGUGUCUAAUUUACUGCUAUAAUAAGUAAAUAGAAUUAAGUUUCACAAGAGGUAAAUACUAUGUUGCCGUUUGUGGCUGUGUGUAGUCUGCCGUCUGUUACUCGAUGUAGUAGUAUGUGACUGUGUGUGGUUAUAAAUGUAUUGUGUAUAAACGCUGGUAGUAAAUAGUGUGAAUGCUAAUACCCAAAAUUUUCAUCUACUAA